AGUUCGUUCGCGCGAAACUUGUUUACAUCUGGCGCAUCAUUUCGAUGAACUGAAUAAAAUCCGUGUUCGCGAGGCGGAAUUUUAAUAAAAGGAACGGCACUGCGGAAGUGGAUCAUUGACUUCCUUGGAGCCAAUAGCUGUGGCUGCGGCUGCGGCUGAUGACCAACGCGUAAGAUUAUCGCACGUACCUGCCUCCUAGCUGACGCCGGGAAUCGCCUGUUCCAACUCCUUCCUGAACCAUGGACUCCGGCGAGGAGUAUUAUGUCCACCACAUCGAAGUGAAGGACGAAGUGACGAUAAGUGCAUCCGAUGAGGAGGAGGAGGUGGUGGUAGAGGAGGAAGAGGUGGAAGUUGAGGAGAUAACCGGAUCGAAGUGGGCUAGAAUGUUUUCCAUGAUGUCCGCUCUGACCAGGCAGGUUGCUGAUAUCGAUAGACGGCUUAAAAAAAUCGAAUCACAACAGCACCAAAGUUUGUCCAACAUCCAACAGAAGGUAACAAAGAUUGGUACCAAAAUUGCUGCGUUUGGGAACGUACCGAGCGGGGAGAGCAAUCUCCUGCCGCAACCGAUAACGGCCUACUUUUCGCCCGCCAAGUGCAAAGAGGACCUGGAUGAGCUCGAGGCGAACGCUUCGGAUGAGCAGUUCGUCAGCGCCGUCGCACAAUCAGUUGCACGAAUUCACGGUUACGAUCGAGUCGGGGAAGGCGUCACGGUAAGCCAUCAGAUAGUGGACUACUUUUUCGAUCGACAAUUCCUGCAAGACUGCUCCUGGACCGGACGAUCGCGAAGCGCCGAAAAUGUGCGUAAAAUUGCGCUGGCACCCUACGAAAACAUAAAGAAUAUGUUCUAUCAAAGCGUUCACCUGGUUGACGAUAGCUUUACGCUGAACGCAGCCGAGCGAUUCUUUCGCGAUGUCGCCAAACAUGCCCGAUCUCGCGCAGAGGUAAAAUUUCUCAGAAAGCCCGCCCUGAAACGACGGAAGAGCCGGAAGAAGCUCAAUGCUCUAAGCUGUUCGUCGAAUGAUACUGUAAAAAAGAUUGUCGAAAAUCAAUUGCGUCACCUGCAGGCUACGCUUUUGUGAGACAGCAGUGGUGGAUGAUGCGUGCGGUUCGAUUAGACUUGACUUUGUUUCGAAAUAUAAUUAACAAUAUAAUGUA